CGCUAUUUAAACCUCCAAGUAUCAAACUUUUGCAACAGAGGGAGAGAGAGGCAGCGAGAGAGAGAGAGAAAGUUGGCCGGCGAUGAUGAUAGCGUGUCUAGAGCGUUUUGUUCACGAAAACGAGACCGAAACAAGAGCAGAGGAUGAUAACGGUCGACUGUGCAGAGGGCUAGAGCUUGAGGGUAGUAUCGACUACUGCUCUACCGGCUUAGCCAGUAAAGAUUUCGGAGGCAUGCAAGGCGGGAAGGCCUUAGCCCUGAUAAGACCAGCAGGUGCGGAGGACAUAGCGAGAGUGGUGAAAGCGGCAUGGAGGUCAUCGAAUCUGACGGUGGCGGCGAGGGGAAAUGGGCACUCGAUCAACGGGCAGGCGAUGACGGAGGGAGGACUGGCCAUUGAUAUGAGAUCAAUGGAUGACACUAACUCAAUCAAAGUGGGCAGAUUCAACAACGGCUCCGCCUAUGCCGACGUCAGCGGAGGGGCAUUAUGGGGAGAUGUCUUGGAAAGAUGCGUUUCGGUAUAUGGACUGGCGCCGAGGUCCUGGACCGACUAUCUUGAUUUGACGGUCGGGGGGACACUGUCCAAUGCCGGCGUUAGUGGACAGACGUUCCGUUUCGGCCCACAGACCUCCAACGUCUCGGAGCUUGAGGUUGUCACCGGAAAAGGUGAUACGCUGGUCUGCUCCGACACCCACAAUUCCGAACUCUUCUUUGGGGUUCUUGGUGGACUUGGUCAGUUCGGAAUCAUCACCAGGGCUAGGAUUUUGCUACAGACGGCCCCGGACAUGGUGAGAUGGAUAAGGGUGGUGUAUGCGGAGUUUGAUGAUUUCGCUCGGGACGCUGAGAUCCUGGUGACUCGGGCCGACGGCCAGUCGUUUGACUACGUGGAAGGCUUCGCGUUCGUCAACAGCGAUGACCCGGUCAAUGGGUGGCCAUCGGUGCCCUUAGACCCGAACCACUUCUUCGACCCGACUCGUGUCCCCAGGAGCGCUAGCCCUGUCCUCUACUGCCUCGAAGUGGCCUUGCAUUACCGAAACGGCGACCAUCCCUCCACUGUUGAUCUGGUGGUGGAGCGAAUGCUUGGAGGUCUGAGAUUUUGCGACGGAACGAGGUUGGAGAAAGACGUUAGGUACGUGGAGUUUCUAAUGCGAGUGAAGGAAGCAGAAGAACAGGCCAAGAUGAAUGGGAUAUGGGACGCCCCACACCCGUGGUUGAACCUGUUGGUGUCCAGUACGGACAUUGCUGAUUUUGAUCGUUUGGUCUUCAAGAACAUCCUCAAGCACGGUGUUGGUGGGCCCAUGCUCGUCUACCCAAUGCUGCGAAGCAAAUGGGAUGAUCGGAGCUCUGUUGUACUGCCGGAACGGGAGAUAUUUUAUUUAGUGGCAUUGCUCCGAUUUAGUCCACCAUAUCCAAAGGGACCCCCAUUUGAGGAAAUGGUUGCUCAAAACCGUGAAAUUAUCCAAUGCUGCAUCAACAACAGAUUCGAUUUCAAGCUGUACCUCCCUCACUACAACUCUGAACUGGAAUGGAAGCGACAUUUUGGAAAUCAAUGGGAGAGAUUUGUGGAGCGAAAGGCCUGUUUUGAUCCAAUGGCCAUCCUUUCCCCUGGACAGAAGAUUUUCUCUAGGAACCCUCAAAAUCUUUGAUAUUAUAGUAUUAGUUUUAUCACAUUUUACCAAUAUUUUCUGCUUCUCUCCAUUGUUCCAUACCCCCCAAACCCCAAUCUUCAUUCUUUUUUCUGUUCUUCUCUUGGCAUAUGCUUAUUGUACUGGUUUCUUGUCACUGGUGGGUCCCAUUGCAAUUUGUUUUAAAAAAAGGAACAAUUUCAAGCAAUGUAAAUGAAUAUUUUGAGAAAUUCUCUUCUUUGGAUCUUUUGUUAA